CAGCAGAUAGAACACCACCACUGUCCAAUACACAUUACACAGCACCCCGGCCCCCGGUUUGCUCCCUCCCCGUGACAGAUCUCACCAUAAAUAAGCGAAACCAUCCGCCAUCCGGACACAUACCAGCGAAACAGAGAGGCGCGCAGCAGUUUUCCAUCCCUUUCUCGUUGCCACCAUCUUCUUGCAGGUUAAGAAAAAGGGGCCGGCGAUGGACGGCGGGAAGAAGGGCCGGGACCAGAACAAGCUGCCGCAGGGGCGCAGCGACCGCAAGUCGGGCUCCGGGAUGAGCGGCGACGCCAAGAAGGGCGGCCGUGGCGGCAAGUUCACCUGGGAGGGCGCCGACGGCUACACCGACGAGGACCUUGACCUCAUCGGCAACAAGGGCAAGGGGACCGGCGCCUCCGACAGUAAGAAGAAGUCCUAGGGAAGGAGAGGCGACCCUGCCCGCACGCCGUACGUCUUCCCGUCCGAUCGAUAGCUUUCUCGUGUCAGUUGUUAGAUUAGAAUAAUAAGAAGAUUGGGUCGCUGCCUUUUUGGCAUGUUGAUGUGAUGAUCUAUUUUCAGUUUCCGACUUGCUAAUGCCGGAUGAAUUUGCCCUAGUAUCUGGAUCUCGCACUUGCUAGUAUCAAUUUGUCUUGUGUUUCCGAGAUCUUGUUUAUCCUCAUGGGUUAAUUUAUGCUCAAUUUGCGGUUCUAUCUGUUA